AUGGGACGCAUCAGCGACAACUUCACUAUUAUCUAUCUCGGCCUCGCCGCCGGGAUAUACUUCAAGCCGGAGUAUGCGAUUUUCAAUUCCAGGAUUGUGACGGCUGCUAUCCUAUUUGGAGUCAUCACUGCGUCGAGAAUUAUUUAUCAGCUUGUGUUGUAUCCCGACUACUUUACUCCAUUGAAACACAUCGAUUCACCUGCGGAUCGAAGCUGGCUCACCGGUCAUUCUCUGAAUUUCUUGCUUGAGACCCCCUAUCCGCAGCUACGAGAGCGGGUCAAGGACAGGCCCAAUCAAGAUCUCCUCCGGUAUUAUCUUGUCGCAAACAUCGAAAGAGUAAUUUUGACAAGCCCAAAAGCAUUGGGUGAGCUGCUUGUUACGAAAGUUUAUGACUUUGAAAAGCCCGAGCUGGUCCGGCAAAGCUUGCGGCGUAUUACAGGCGAUGGAAUUCUACUUGCCGAAGGUGAAGAGCACAAGAUACAACGCAAGAAUCUUAUGCCAGCCUUUGCCUAUCGCCACAUCAAGAAUCUCUACCCAGUAUUUUGGGGCAAGAGUGUAGAAAUGGUCAGGAUGAUUGAGGAAGACCUACAGGACAGAAAGGCCAGUGGGAACAACGACAAUACAGUCCAAAUCAGUAACUGGGCCAGCCGAGCAACCCUGGACAUCAUCGGCGUCGCCGGUAUGGACCAUGACUUCAACUCUCUCCGGGAACCUGACAACACCCUCAACCAAUCCUACCGCAAAAUCACGUCCUCGCCACCCCUUCUCUUGAAAGUUCUUUUCGUGAUCAGUAUGAUACUAUUAGGUGACCCAACAUGGGUCCACACAUUACCGACGAAACGCAACAAAGAUAUCAAGGAGAGCGGCGAGGUCAUCCGCAACAUCGCACGACAGAUGAUCCGACAAAAAAAGGCCAAAAUGGAAGACCAUAAAGCCGAAACCGGCAUUGACAUCAUCUCCGUUGCGCUCAGUAGCGGCACGUUCGAUGAAGGGAACCUCGUCGACCAAUCCAUGACCUUCCUAGGCGCAGGCCACGAGACAACCGCCACAGCACUACAGUGGGCCGUUUACGCACUCUGCAAGAACCCAAACGUCCAAACUCGUCUGCGGGAUGAAAUACGUGCCAAUCUUCCCUCCCUUGACGACCCGACUCCAAUCUCUGCAGCCGCAGUCGAUAACCUGCCCUACCUAAACGCAGUGUGCAACGAGGUCCUCCGCUUUCACCCCUCUGUGCCGAUGACCAUCCGCAAGGCGGUUCGUGACACGACUCUUGUUGGCGCACAUAUUCCCAAGGAUACGACACUCAUCAUCUCUCCGCAAAUUCUGAACCGGAUGGAAGAGCUGUGGGGCCCAGAUGCGAACGAGUUCAACCCGGACCGCUUUAUGGGUCCUGGCAAGGCUAACACCGGCGGUGCGGUUAGUAACUAUGCCUUUUUGACUUUCCUGCAUGGUCCGCGUAGCUGCAUUGGGCAGGGAUUUGCGAAGUCGGAGCUUGCUUGCUUGAUUGCUGCUACGGUCGGUCGGUUUCAUAUGGAGCUCAAGUUUCCUGAUGCUAAGUUGGAGAUUCGGGAAGGAGCUACCGUGUCCCCUAAAGAUGGAGUACUUGCCUUGCUUACGCCAUUGGAGGGGUGGUAG